GGCCGGCCGGGAACACGCCAUGGGAAGCUCACAUCUCCUCAACAAAGGCAUGCCUCUAGGCAUCAGACCUCCCAUCAUGAACGGGCCGAUGCACCCGCGCCCCCUGGUGGCGCUGCUGGACGGCAGAGACUGCACCGUGGAGAUGCCCAUCCUGAAGGACGUCGCAACCGUGGCGUUCUGCGACGCUCAGUCCACACAGGAGAUCCACGAGAAGGUGCUAAACGAAGCUGUGGGGGCGUUGAUGUACCACACCAUCACCCUGAUGAGGGAAGACCUGGAGAAGUUCAAGGCGUUGCGCAUCAUCGUUCGCAUCGGCAGCGGCUACGACAACAUAGACAUCAAAUCCGCCGGGGAGCUUGGUAUAGCUGUGUGCAACAUGCCGGCAGCGUCGGUGGAGGAGACGGCAGACUCCACGCUGUGCCACAUCCUCACCCUGUACCGACGCACCACCUGGCUGCACCAGGCUCUCCGGGAAGGGACGCGGGUUCAGAGCGUGGAGCAGAUCCGAGAGGUGGCGUCAGGCGCGGCCAGGAUCAGAGGAGAGACGCUGGGACUCAUUGGGCUCGGCCGGGUCGGCCAGGCCGUCGCCCUGCGAGCCAAGGUCUUCGGCUUCAACGUGAUUUUCUACGACCCGUAUUUGGCCGACGGCGUAGAAAGGUCCCUGGGGCUCCAACGGGUCACCACCCUACAGGACCUUCUCUUCCACUCUGACUGUGUCUCUCUGCACUGCAGCCUCAACGAGCACAACCACCACCUGAUCAACGACUUCACCAUCAAACAGAUGCGGCAGGGGGCGUUCCUGGUGAACACAGCCAGGGGGGGCCUGGUGGAUGAAAAGGCUCUGGCUCAGGCUCUGAAGGAGGGCAGGAUACGCGGGGCGGCUCUGGACGUCCAUGAGACAGAACCUUUCAGCUUCAGUCAGGGUCCACUGAAGGACGCUCCCAACCUGAUCUGCACGCCGCACGCCGCCUGGUACAGCGAACAGGCAUCACUGGAGAUGAGAGAAGAGGCGGCGAGGGAAAUCCGGAGGGCUGUGACAGGUCGGAUCCCAGACAGUCUGAAGAAUUGUGUGAAUAAAGAGUUUCUCUCACCCAACAACCACUGGGCCGUCGACCCGGCUGCGGUCCACCCUGAGCUCAACGGCGCCUACAGGUACCCCCCCGGAGUGGUGAGCUUGCCGGCCGGCGGCCUCCCUCCGCCCGUCGAAGGCAUCGUCCCGAGCGCCGUGCCCAUCACGCACACCCUCCCGCCAGCUGCCGCACACCCGCCCCACGCGCCGUCUCCCGGACAGAACACGGUGAAGCCACCAGAGGGCGACAGAGAGCAGCACCCCAGCGACCAGCUGUAGCCCUUCUGCACGCCGACCGCCGCUCAGGUUCCACCUGCUUCCCAACAGACAGGUCUCACUCCCAGCCGGAGCAGGACUGACGCUUUACUCAACAACCCAGAAAGUUCCUCUAAACCAACAUCUGAUCGUUGGUGCCUCAACAGAAAAAAAUCAAAACAAGUUUAAAUUGAUUUGGGGAAAAAAGAAUUAAGAAAAUCUUUAGGCUGUUGGUGUCCAAAGUUAGAGGUUUUCAUGUGUUCUGUGUCUUUUCCUUAGUUUGAUGUGACAUCGAAGUUAUUGGGUUAGAAAUGAAUGUAACCUGCCUGUGAACAGAUUUUAGAACAUGAUGAUAUUCGUAUUCCAGUCUUAACAAAAACUGGUUUAAAGAUACAAUAUCUCGUUUUCUUUUUAUUUGUCCCUAAAUUAGCAAGGCCCCAAAAAAGAGGCAGCAUUUUGCACACCAUCUCAGGAACCUACGUUUCCGCAGGUGGUAAUCUAGUUUUUUCUAGCAUUUUUCUUUUCUAAAUAGUUUUUAUGCCACUCAGUGCUUUUGUUUUUCUACCUGCUUGCCUUUCCGUGUCCCGUUGCGUUAGAAAAGAACAACUUUAGUGAGAUAUAAAGUUGAUCUAAUGCUUGUUUCUGUUGGUUUUGUUUAAGGAGCAUGUCACUUUGCUCUGGGAUUGUGUAAAUGUUCGAACCGAAGGCGUAAUGAGAGGAACGUUUAGGAGAGGUGGUGAAAUGGUAAACAUGCUGGGACCUGCUGAUUCUGACGUUUUCAUUCAUGAGCUGACGAGGCGACAGACUGAGACACGUUAAAAACAUGGUUUGUUUUUAAUAAUUCACCUAUUCUGGCUGCAAUUUCUGCUCCUGUUCUGACCAGCAUUGUAACUUUGAUAAAGGAAUGACAUUUGUGUCGACCAGAAUGACCAACACUAUGCUAGGCUACGUUCACACAGCAGGCAGAUGUGACCCAAUUCAGAUCCUUUCACCCCAAAAAUAAAAUUUGUUCCACUUACACAUGUGGAUAAAUCUUUACUGCCGUAGGCAGAGCUCCGUGGAGGCCAUCUUUACUGCCGUAGGCAGAGCUCCGCGGCGGCCAUCUUUACUGCCGUAAGCAGAGUGCCGCGGCGGCCAUCUUUACUGCCGUAAGCAGAGCGAUGCUGGGUGACAUCUGUCUUCUUCUGCGCAUUUGGAUUAUCAUGCGCAAAUAGAGUCUGACUUUGGUCACUUUUAAUUAGUAGAAUGAAUAAUCAUGCAAAAAAAAGUCAGAUUUGAGCAUUGAGACCUGCUGAGAAAACGUAGCCGUGGCGAUCUGUGCAGGUCUCAUUUUUUUUCACAUAAUGGAUCCAUGUUUUACCCCUGAGGGUUUAACUCCAUCACAAAUCAAACUCUGAAUCAGUUUCCACACAACAACACUUAGCUUAGCUUUAACUUUCACUACAAGCUAAUAAAGAUAAAGGUAGAACACUCAGAUAAAGGCGAACGUUCUUCAUUUGGCUCAGACACAAAGAGAAAAACACAGAGCCAAAGCUGCAGCUUGAAGAGAGCUGAUACUCUUAACUUUAGUAGAUGUGAAACGUGCUAUAAAAGAAAGCUUUUUGCUAUUUGAUUGACUUUAUGCUCACAAACAACUCCUUCUCCAGCUUUCUGUCCUAGCUGCGUCAUGAACAGCAUUUCGUUUUCUCUUUUUAGCUUUCAGUUGGUUUUUCUCUUGAAUUCGGAAGCAGAAAAUGUUGCAAACAAUGAAACUUUUUCUGAGGAAUAAAAUCUGCCUUCUUGGCUCGUUUACAUCUUCACCCCACACCUAGCUUAGCAUAUUCGCCUUAAAUAGUUUGGUUUUCUGUUACAACAGAAAACAACAUCAUCCAUAUAUGGAAGUGCUUCCUGUUUUACACAAAGGGGUAGGUGUCGUUUUUUAAAUUACUUUUAUACUUUUUAUGAACAGAAAAGGCCAGUUGUGAUUUAUUUCACGUCUUUUAUUUUGUAUUUUCGGGUUUCCUGGCUCUAAACCUUUACUCUGUUAUGCACUUUAAGUUGAUUCCUCCAUCUUCAGGUCCUGGGACGGUUACGACAGUAAAAACGGUUAAACUUGGGUAAAGAUGAGACUCAGAUGAUCUCUGAAGAUUGUUUUAACGUCUCGAGAACAAACGCCUCCCGCUUUCCACAAACAGACAUGAGCACAGAGAAGCGGCGGCGUUUCCCCCGAGCGGCCUGAGAUUUCCUGGAGUCCCUUUAACAUCAAGCCGGGCCCUUCCCGUUGCUACCAUUUAACCACCUGCUCUCUUCAUGUGUACAUACAGUGUUCUGCUUGCCUGUGUCAAUGUGACUUGAUUGUUUCUGUGUCUAAAAGCAGCGCCAGUAGGGGGAGCAGUAAAUUACCCAGAAGUCCUUUCUGCUCCCCCUACCUGCAGCUGAGUAGUAAAAGCUGUUUCCUGUUGCCUACCUGGUCUUCUUCAUGGUGAGGCAGCGAUCAGGGAUGGACAUUUCCACCGCAGGGCGUUUCAGGCUAAAAUGUUUGAUUACGAGAAUAAAGUCAAAAUAAUGUAAGAAUAAAACAAAAAGUAGAAAUAAUACGAGAAUAAAACUGCAUGUCAGUCAUAAUAUAAUAAAACCAAUAAAAUUAGGAGACUAAAGUCAUUAAAUGAAGUUAUAAUAUAAACAGAAUAAAGAAGCUAUUUUACCUCAAAAAGGAUUAAAAACACGAGGAAAGCUGAGAAUCUUAUACUUUAUUAUAAGGAAUAAGGAAAAACUUCAUUUUUAACACAUCAGCAUGAAAUUAUUAUCAGUGGCUGAACUGAGUUUCGAAGACAGAAGAUUUUAAUAACUAUCAAAGUUUUACCUAAAAACUUUCCAUCUUUCUUCUGGUAUUUUUGUGUCUUUGUUCUCAUAAAAUUCUGACUUUAUCCUCGUAAUUCUGAAUAAAAUGAUAAAAUCUGGUCGUCUGGCUGUAGCAACGCGCCGCCGCAGACCGAAGGUUCUGGGCUGAUAUUCUGACUCGGUUCUGGUUCUUCCAACCCAAACUGCAAACAUUCCUGGUCCAAACUGACGGAUCCGGCGGUUCCCCUGAAAUGCCAUCCCUGGCGGGAGCGCCCCCUGCUGCCGCCCUUCAUGGUGACGUAGUAGGCGUAGCAAUAUUCAGUACACACAUUAAUCUAUAUUCUACAGUAAAUAUCAUUAUUUUUGGUCAAACGAUGACAACUGAAAAAGAUGUUUGUGACUGUAUGCAUUUGUAUGAAUUAUUUUAAAAGGAAAUAAACUGUGGAAAGGUGA